AUGUCUCCGAGUAAUAUCCUACGGGCCAUGCAGCCCCUGCGAUCCUCCGUCCUCAGAACAGCGACAGGCUCGUCCCCUGCCGCGCGCUCAACACCGAGCUUCAUUUCCGGGCUGGCACCAUUCCGACGAUCCAACUCUACUACCACCACCACCACUCCCCCUGCCGAGUCACAGUCCUCGCCGUCGACACCGCUAUCUACCCCCCCCUCUCUCCGAAACUACGCCUACUCGACCAAGACCGGCACCGUCGAAUCGGUCGGCCGCAUGGACCGCACCGUCCGCGUCAGCCACCGACACACCAGCUGGGACUCGCACCUCCAAAAGACCUUCCCCAAGGUCACGACCUUCCUGGUGUCGGAUCCGAACAACUCGCUCCGCGAGGGCGACGUGAUUGAGUUCUCCUCUGGCGCGCCGAAGAGCCGGAACGUGCGGCACGUCGUGGAGCGUAUUAUUGCCCCCUUUGGAACGAACAUCGAUGAGCGGCCGCCGGUGAAGACACGCGAGGAGAGAGAAGCCGAGCGAGUUGCCAAGAGAACGGCGAAGUGGCAGCGUCGGGAAACUAGGCGGUUGGAGCGUGGAGGUCAGGGCGUGAAGGAGCAUGUGGGACGGGUUAGGCGGUUGGUUAACGAGAGAACUGGUGGCGGCAGCGCCGUGGAAGAGACAGUGGUUUGA